CCAAGAUUAGCAAUAAGCGAAUUAAACAGACAAAGUCUCCUUCAGCUACUUCUUCAUUUCUCAAAAUGUCGGUGAAAGAUAAAAAUGGGAGGUUUGAUAAUAACAAAUGACUGACUUUAAUGAAGGCUAUAAGCACAAAAGUUUCUACCCGAGUUUCAAUCGAGGAGAAAUAUACAAGGGGAUCAAACAAUUGAACAAUAAGAAAGUGUCUAAUGAGAAGAAGAGAACGUGCUAAGACUAUAAAGGGAUGUAGGAUGCUGAGAAGCCCUCAGAAUACAGAUAACUGGUUUAAUAAGAGAGAAGGUGAAAAUAGUCUAAAGAGAUCCAAUGUAGAGAAUGAACAGAAAGUAGAAAAAGAGGAGAUCAAGCCAACCCGUGUGCUAAAAAUACCAAAGAGAAAUUACGUGAAAUAUAAGCAACGUCGAUAUUUAGUCAAGUAA